CAACCACUCUCCACCACCAUCCUCGUUCACUUUUUCCAGCUACUGCACUCGUAUACACUAUGGACGCUCCCAAAGCCGCAAUGACCACCAGCACCCAGCCCCAGGCCGUGCAGAUGAGUCUGACCAACGCCCCUUCGCGCAACAACACCCAGGAGUGCCUGCGCAACAAGGCCCAUCGCAUGCGAGGAGGAGGAGCUGGCAAGGACUGCUUCUUGGGCGCACUUGAGUGCUUCAUUUGCUUCGAGGGUUGCAAGGACUGCUGCGAGUGCUGCGCUGAUAUCAUCUGCUGCCCGUGCGAGAUGUGCUGCUAAAAGCUUCGCCCAUCUGCGAUCGUUCUGUGUUCGUCGUUACCCCUCUUGUUGUCUAGCUACCCAACAGCCUGUACUGUAGAGUACGCUCGCCCGCCUUAGUACUGUGGAGGACGCUCGUUGUGCUGCAUGGUGUAUUUAAGGACGGAGUUAUGUCGUACUGGUAAUGGAGCUCUAAAUGUUUUUCUUGUUUCAUCAAUCAAAAA